UUCCCACGUGGUUCAAUGGAGGAAAGCAGCAGCAGCAACGUGCCAAGCUGUGAGAAGAGAGGAAAGAUGAAGAGGACGAAGAAAAGGAGCAAAGAAGAAGACGAGCAGGAGGAGCAGGUGUUCGACUUCAACAACAAACCUGCAGACAAAGACGAUGAUGAAGACGGUCUGUCUGACAGCGAGGACAGCGUCUUCUCAGGACUGGAGGAUUCUGGGAGCGACUCUGAGGAGGAGGAGGCGGAGGUGUCACAUGAUGAUGAUGAUGAGGAUGAUGAAGAUGAUGAUGAUGAUGAUGAAGGGGAACAGAGUCAGCAGACGGAGAAGAAGGGAAGCGAAGAGAAGAAAGCAGACGAGUAUGAACACGACUCUUCAGACGAGGAGGACAUCAGAAACACGGUGGGGAACAUUCCCAUGGAGUGGUACAAAGACUUCCCUCACAUUGGCUAUGACCUGGAUGGGAAGAAGAUCUACAAGCCAAUCAGGAACAAGGAUGAGCUAGACGACUUCCUGGACAAAAUGGAGAACCCCGACUACUGGAGAACGGUCCACGACAAGCAGACGGAGAGUGACAUCGUGCUGUCAGACGAGCAGGUGGAGCUGGUGAAGCGUUUGCAGAGGGGUCAGUUCGGAGAUGUCAACUUCAACGAGUAUCAGCCGUCGGUGGAGUUCUUCACCAACGAAGUGAUGCUUCAUCCAGUCACCAACAGACCUGCAGACAAACGCAGCUUCAUCCCCUCACUGACCGAGAAGGAGAAGGUGUCUAAGCUGGUCCAUGCUAUAAAGAUGGGUUGGAUAAAACCUCGGCGGGUGGAGGACGACAGCAAGGGGCGCUACUACGACCUGUGGGCCACUGAGGACUCUUCUAUUCUGGCUCAACACAGGAUGCACCUCCCUGCCCCCAAAAUCCCUCUACCUGGUCACCAGGAGUCCUACAACCCCCCACCAGAGUACCUUUUUACUGAUGAGGAGCGAGCUCUGUGGGAGCAGCAGGAUCCGUCAGACAGAAAGUUGCCAUUUGUUCCAAGAAAAUUCUCGAGUCUCCGUCAUGUUCCAGCAUUUCCUCGUUUUAUCCACGAGCGGUUUGAGCGCUGCCUCGACCUUUACUUGUGUCCGCGGCAGAGGAAGAUGAGGGUGAACGUCAACCCAGAGGAUCUGAUUCCCAAACUGCCAAAACCGAAAGACCUGCAGCCAUUUCCAACAACACAGUCUCUGGUGUAUCGGGGCCACAGCAGUCUGGUUCGUUCCAUCAGCGUGUCUCCAUCAGGACAAUGGCUCGCUUCAGGAAGUGACGACGGCUCAGUCAGGUUCUGGGAGGUUUGUUCGUCUCGCUGUAUGAAAACAGUCCAGGUGGGCGGAGCUGUGAAGAGUGUCACCUGGAACCCAAACCCAUCUAUCUGUCUGCUGGCUGUCGCCCUGGACUCGGUGGUUCUGAUCGUUUCUCCGUCUCUGGCAGACAAACAGGUCGUCUCUGCGUCAGAGCGACUCCUCACUGGUCAGCAGGAGGAGGAGCCAUUGGAGGGGGCAGGGCCUGUCUGGUGCGAGGCUGAGGGGGAGGAGCUUAACCAGGGGAUCCGCCUCAAAAUACAACAUCCUAAAGCCGUCCACCAGGUGACGUGGCACGCUAAAGGAGACUACCUGGCGUCAGUGAUGCCGGACCACUCGAGCAACAUGCAGGUGUUCAUCCACCAGCUGAGCCGGAGGCGGAGCCAGAACCCCUUCAGGAAGAACAAAGGUCUGGUUCAGUGCGUAUCCUUCCACCCCGUCAGGCCCUACUUCUUCGUGGCGACGCAGCGCUCCGUCCGAAUCUACAACCUGGUCAAACAGGAAAUGACCAAAAAACUACAAGCCAACUCCAAAUGGAUCUCCAGCAUGGCUGUCCACCCGGGAGGUGAUCAUGUGAUCUGUGGGAGUUACGACUGCAGGCUGAGCUGGUUCGACCUCGACCUUAUUAAUAAUAUUGAUCGCUGCAGACACCAUAAGAGGGCGGUGAGGGGCGUGGCCUAUCACAGAUCGUACCCGCUGUUCGCCUCGGCGUCUGAUGACGGAUCAGUGAUCGUCUGUCACGGGACAGUUUACAACGACCUGCUGCAGAACCCGCUGAUCGUCCCGGUGAAGGUGCUCAGAGGUCAUGUGAUCACUCAUGACCUUGGUGUUCUGGACGUGACCUUUCACCCGACGCAGCCGUGGAUCUUUUCCUCUGGAGCCGACGCCACCAUUCGCCUUUUCACCUGAAGCUGCCCGGCAACCGAUCCUGCAGGUGGACCGCCUGUAUCAGCCCGCCUGUGGUACCAGCCCGCCUGUGGUACCAGCCCGCCUGUGGUACCAGCUGUGGAUACCUCGUGACUUUCUGUAGUUUGUUUUUAUUAAACUGAAAUUUUCCAACUCUU